AUGGAGUCGCCCCAGCUUCCUCCUUCCAUGAAAAGACCUGCCAUAGUGUAUGGUGACAAAACACCUACAAUUUUGGAGACAACUCUUGGACAUCUUCUCGAUGAACUGAGUGAUAUCCACAGGGAUAAAGCUGCUGUAGAGUUUCCCUGGCAGUCAAUUCGACGUACUUAUUCUGAGCUCGCCAAGACCAGCAAACUAGUGGCCAUUUCCCUCCUGUCCGCUGGUCUCUGUCAUGGGGACAGAAUAGGUAUCCUAACUGGAAAUCGCUACGAAUUCCUGGAUGUGUUUUUGGCGGCCGCAAGAAUAGGAUGUCCUGCUGUGAUUCUACAGUCAAACAUGUCCCCUGGGGAAAUGAAAGCGGCUGUUUUAAAAAGUGGUACUACCGGAAAUCCCAAAGCCGCCGUGUUAACCCACAGAAACGUGGUUAACAAUAGCCAUUUCUUUUCACGUGCCUGUGAUUUCGAACAAUCGGAUAUCAUCUGCUCCCCACUUCCGCUCUGCCACAGUUUUGGUCUCGUCUCCGCAUUCCUUUGUUCCUUCAUGCGUGGCUGCUUGAUCUUGUUCCCUACGGAGAAAUUUAGUGCAGAUGCUGUGGUGGAUGUACUCCAAAACCGCGAUGUCACCGUGAUUUAUGGUGUACCCACUAUGUUCUUUGCGGUGCUGGAGAAAUUGCAAGGGCGCGGUCAUAAGCCAAGAAGCAUGGUGAAAGCCAUUGCCGGUGGCGCCCCUGUCCCAUACGCCCUCAUAACUCAGAUUUGCCAAGAUAUGGGGGUGCAGUACUUCUUAAACGGAUAUGGGAUGACGGAGACUAGCCCAGCAACAUUCAUCUCUCCGUUGGGUCUUUGCAGUGAAAGUUCUUUGAGAACAAUUGGCAAAGUACUGCCACAUACCAAUGCCAGGAUUGUGGAUCGGUGGGGGAGAACCGUGCAGCAGGGUGAAAAAGGUGAGCUUUGUAUAAGCGGCUUACCUCUUCAAAAGGGCUACUGGGAGGACGAGGAGAAGACAAGCGAGAUCAUGACACGCGAUGCGGAUGGAGUCAUUUGGCUGCAUACAGGUGACGAGGCCAUUAUUGGAGAAGAUGAUCAUUGCACCAUAACGGGUCGGAUCAAAGACAUUAUCAUCCGCGGAGGAUUGAAUAUUUCACCCGUGGAAAUUGAAGAGAGACUUAUUCUUCACCCGUUUAUUCAAGAAGCAAGUGUCGUCGGUCUUCCAGAUAAAACACGAGGCGAGAUUGUCGGCUGCUUUUUAAAGCAAUACGUCGAUAUGCAGCGACCAAGCGAUGAAGCAGUCCGAGCCUGGGUGAGAGAACUUCUAGGAUGGCACAAGGCGCCGGAAGCAAUCUUUUGGAUUGGAGACGCAGGAAUUGGCGAAGAUUUUCCCAAAACAGCGAGUGGGAAGCAUCAGAAGGAGAAGCUGAAAGAUAUCGGAACAUACCUUCUUGCAUAA